AUGUCCAAGCUCUACGUCGGCAACCUGCCGUCGGACUGCAACGAGGCCGCCCUGAGGCAGCUCUUCCAGGAGCACAGCCUCGCCUGCACCAACGUCCUCGUGAAGCGCGGCGGGUACGCCUUCGUCGACUGCGCCGACCAGUCCACGGCGGACCGGGCCAUCGACAAGCUGAACGGAUACACCUACCUCGGGUCGUUGCUCAUCGUGGAGCCGUCAGUGGCCAGCGGGACGAAGAAACGGUGA